CUUAAGUUUUUUUUUUUAUAUAUUUUUCUUUCAAAAGAAGAAAAUAAAACAGUGAUGAUCAUAACAGUUCUUCAUUCUCUUAUCUCAUUCUAUUUCUUCAUCAUCCCUACCCUCAUCUUCUUCCAUGGAAGUAACGGUGCUACAAUCACUCUCGUAAACCGAUGCAGCUACACUGUCUGGCCGGGAAUUUUAGCAAACUCUGGAAGCGCUGACAUAGGAACCACCGGUUUUGAGCUAGCCUCUGGUGGUUCACGUUCCUUCCAAGCUCCAGCAAGCUGGUCUGGUCGGUUUUGGGCAAGAACCGGUUGUAACUUCGACUCUCAAACGGGCCAAGGCACUUGCUUAACCGGCGAUUGCGGUUCAAACCAAGUAGAGUGUAACGGCUCAGGAGCCAAACCGCCAGCUACACUAGCCGAGUUCACAAUCGGAUCAGGUCCAGAUGACCCGACCCGAAAACAAGACUUCUACGACGUGAGCCUCGUGGACGGAUACAACGUCCCUAUGGUAGUUGAAGCGAGCGGAGGGUCAGAAGGUGACUGCUUGACCACGGGAUGCGUAACCGAUCUAAACCAGAGAUGUCCAGCGGAGCUCCGGUUCGGAUCCGGGUCAGCAUGCAAAAGCGCGUGCGAGGCGUUUGGUAGUCCGGAGUAUUGUUGUAGUGGCGCGUACGCUUCACCUACAGAGUGUAAACCGUCCAUGUACUCGGAGAUAUUCAAAACAGCGUGUCCUAGAUCGUAUAGCUACGCGUUUGACGAUGCUACCAGUACGUUCACAUGCACUUCUGCAGAUUAUACCAUAACUCUGUGCCCUUACUUGCCUAGCCAAAAAUCUGCAGCUAAUGGGUGGAGAGAUGGCGGUGGAUCAGCAGGAAGCUCGCCUUCUCCAUUGGCAACGUGGUUAUCGGAUGUUUUCACUUCUGCCUCAUCAAAUAUUCAUAAAUUUUCCAUAUGUUUACUCAUAUUUUCUUGUAUUUUUCUUCUUCUUUUUCUUUGGCCAGUUUGAUUUAUGUUUGUGUUUUUAUUUCCCGGGUGUAAAUUUUGCAUCCUGUUACAUUUAUAUGUUUGAUGAUUGUACACACUAAUGAACAUAUAAGCGCAUUGUUGAUUUAUA